UGCCAUUCCAGGGUUUUAAACAAUCGGGGCAACUUAUAAUUCUCUUCAUUCCUGCCUUCUUGGCCUUCUUUAGUUUCAGAGUAAGACCAGUUGCUUUAUCUGCAUUACCAUGACUCAUACUUGAAUUGGUCAGUGCCAUGUUACUGCAAUUCAUGCUCUUACCUUCUCUUUUCAUGCAGAUCCGGAGAAACAUUGGUCCAAAUUUUGUUGCUGGUUUCUGUCUUGGCAUUGCUGUUUUGGCUGCUGUUGCAAGACAGGUCAAAAUAAGAAGUCGAGAGCAUGAUAAUAGAGGUUCUGUCGCUGAUCUAGUAAGGCGCGGACAGUUAAAAUCAGGCCAACGAGGGAAUGCAAAGCUCCGCACAUAUGAUGAUCCUUUCAACAAUUCAUUAGUCAAGAUUGAUGAGGAUAGUUCUACUGCACAAAUGUUUGGCAAGGAGUACCGAUUAGCUCCUGUUAGGCUUACGAAAGAACAACAAGAAAUGCAUCAGAAAAGGAGAUCACACGCAUAUCAGUGGAAAAGGCCAACUGUGUUUCUUAGGGAAGGCGAUUCCUUACCACCAGAUGUUGACCCAGAUACAGUUAGAUGGAUUCCAGCAAACCACCCUUUCGCUGCUGCUUCAAGUGAAGUAGACGAGGAAACUGCCAAACAGAAUGUUUAUCGAAGGGAUGGUGUCCCAUCCCGUGUUAAGGCUGAACAUGAAGCUUUGCAGGCAAGGCUUAAGGCUUCAAAUGAUGUUACUAAACUCCCUUCGGAUUCAAGGAGUAUGCGGCAUAAUGAGAGGUUAUCAGGUAAACCAAAUCUUCAGAGCUCGGAGUUAGAGAACCAAGAUAGACAACUGAUUAUCGAGCCUGGAAAACAUAGCUCCGAUGAAAGUUUACAGUCAAACAGGCAGGAAGGGAAAUAAAAUCUCUGUACUUCAGCUCUUUGGUAAUAUUUGCUUUGUUGCAUAGUGUUGUCAGCUUUUAGCUUUUAGCUGUAGGUAUAGAUGUUUUGGAACUGUGGGAUUGUCAGCUUAAUAGUCAGCGUUUGAGAUGGAGAGUCGCUUAAUGCAUUGUAAAUGGACAUUUCUUCUGUCAGAAGAUUUGAGAUGCAAACUAUGCGGCAUGUUUGUCAUC